AAUGCAUUAAUAUUUUACAGGCUGAAUUGCAGCUGUUGUCAUCUUAUCCCUCUGUUGCCCUGGAGUUGUAGCCGAGACGGCUCCCACAUCCUGGGCAGAGGAUGGGCAAACAGAAUAGCAAGCUGAAGCCUGAAGUCCUGGAGGACCUACGCCAAAAUACCGAAUUUACUGAUGCAGAAAUUCAGGAAUGGUACAAGGGAUUUCUUAAAGAUUGCCCCAGUGGACACCUAUCCAUUGACGAAUUUAAAAAGAUCUAUGGAAACUUUUUUCCAUAUGGUGAUGCUUCGAAAUUUGCAGAACACGUGUUCCGUACUUUUGAUGCCAACGGUGAUGGAACGAUAGAUUUUCGUGAAUUUUUGUGUGCAUUGAGUGUUACUUCCCGAGGAAAACUGGAACAGAAAUUAAAAUGGGCAUUCAGCAUGUAUGAUUUAGAUGGAAAUGGCUAUAUUUCUCGACAGGAAAUGUUGGAAAUUGUCACGGCCAUAUACAAGAUGGUGGGUUCGGUAAUGAAGAUGCCCGAAGACGAAUCGACUCCGGAGAAGAGAACGGACAAAAUCUUCCGGCAAAUGGACAAAAACAUGGACGGCAAACUAUCCCUGGAAGAGUUCAUAGAGGGCGCUAAGAGUGACCCUUCCAUUGUUCGGCUGCUUCAGUGCGAUCCCCAGGCUUCUCACUGACCUAAGUGAUUCUUCAAGGAUUUCGUCUGGCCACGCGCAGUCCUCGAAGGGGGAUCGCAUCCCGAAAAACACACCAGGAGAUAGAAUCCCAGAUCUCAAAAGCCUGCUGCAAACAAUUACAAAACGUAGUAAAAACAAAAAAAGAGCAACACCUAGUGCUUUAUAAUCAUUUCGACUUGUGUCCAAUGGUGAAAGGCUACCACACUAAAUCAUAAGAAUAUAAGUGUGGAAUCUGCUGUUUACCAUUGCUAGCUAAUGCCCAUAUUCGACUUAAGGAUUAUGGGACGAUUUAUAUUAUUUUUCUCUUUGGAUGUUUACUAUUCACGUGUAAAGAAGUUUUACUACGAUUUUUAAUGUCCGUUCGUUGUUUUUAGUUGAAUGCCCGACGUUUUUGACUGUUUCUUCUUUUCGUUUUCCUUCUUUUUUUAAUUUUGUAUACACAUAUAAAUAACGAGUACCACUAAAUUCUUGAAAAAAAAUCUAGGCCAAUCGGAUAAAUCUUCUGUGAAAUUCUAGAUCUAAAUAUUCGUCCCGAAACGUCUUUUUCUCUUUCCAAAACAUCACCAAAUGAUCCUGUUAAUACUUAAUACUCAGCACUUUAAGGAAUCUUUGGAUGUCAGUGUUUACAUAGAAACAUUUAGCAGUUCUUAGAGAACCUUAUUCUUCCUAUAUUCCAAAUAUGUACGUGUUAAAAAAACAAAAAUCGAAAUUUGUGAAUGUGUGUCGAAAUUCGAAUCACGUUUUAUUUUUGUUGUUUAUUUUAUUUUUUCAUUUUCUUCCUCGGAAACCAUACUGUGAUCUCUCUCGACAAUGCUUAAAGGUAGGCUGCUGCUAAAAAUGGAUACGCGCGAGUCACGUAUUAUACAUUACAGAGACUAAUUUCGGCGAUCUUUACGAAAACGAUGCUUUUUCGGCCAUACUCCAAAUUUAAAAGAAAUUUCGAUCACCUCGAAGCAUCGGCGGUUUAAAAAUUUGGCUAAUUUGCAUGUACUGUACAUUUACGCAUUGCACGUUUCGACAGCACCCCCGAUAUAAUAACGAAAAGUUGAGUACACCAGGAUAAAUUUUUGGGGCGUGCGAGAACGGAAAAUCCGUACGUUCAUUUAUUUUAUAUCGUUUCCUCCACCCGCCAGGAAUAUUUUGCUCGAAGAGUUUCUCUUGGUAUUGUAUUUUAAAAAACCACUUUCUUAACCCCGAUUUAACGAAUUUUUUUUUUAAAUCGCGUGCAACAGGUAGGUUUAUUGAUUUGGUUCUAAAUCAUUGACAGAACUAAUCGAUUUAUUUAAUUUAGUUGUUUUGGUGGUGAAUUUGAUCUCCCCUCUUUCUCUCUCCAUCUUCCAAUACAAAGGAAAAGAAGCGAAUUGUUUCUUGUUUUACAACACCAAUGUGUGCGUAUGCAAUGGGAAUUAUUAAUGUGAAUCCGGCCGAUAAGCAAUGGUUUAAACGAUUUAUUCCAACUUUUUUGACUGUCAUUUUGCAUAAAAUGAUUUAACAAACAAACAAAAACAAAUACUUUAAACGACUUUAAGCAGGUACGAAAUAAAGUUGUGUUUAAUCAAUUAUAUAAUAUAUAUUAUUUUUAGGAUAGUUUCAAAGUUUCAUUCAAACUCAAUAAAAUUAUAUUCCUAUUGAUAAA